UUGAGAAAAAUUUGGGCUGUGAAAUCGUGAUUUCUGUUUGGUUGAACGGUUCGGUUGAUGAAAUCCGGAAAUCUUAGGCCGGAGCCCCCAAAGACUGCGUGCCCGGAAAGGCGCCGGUGAAAUUGGAGAUCGUCGAAGAUUCUUUAGAGGAAAAACAUGGACCUCUUGGUAAACGAUCAAAACCAUCUCCAGAUCUUCAACUUUGGAACUCGGAAUUUAAUCUUUUGGAUGAGCCAAGUCCACUUGGUCUGACGCUAAGGAAGAGCCCGUCACUUUUGGAUUUGAUCCAAAUGCGCCUCUCACAAUCCCAAAGCAGUGGCUCAUCUUCCCAAGCUGAAGUCCUGAGCUCUGGAGCCAAGGAGGCUAAACACGCUGCUGAUAAGCUUAAAGCCUCGAACUUCCCGGCUUCCAUUCUUCGAAUCGGCAAUUGGGAGUAUAAGUCUAGGUAUGAAGGUGAUUUAGUGGCCAAGUGUUAUUUCGCCAAGCACAAGCUUGUUUGGGAGGUAUUGGAAGGUGCGCUCAAGAGUAAAAUCGAAAUACAGUGGUCGAAUAUCAUGGCGAUUAAAGCGAAUUGUCCCGAUGAUGGACCGGGGACUUUGAAUGUCGUGCUGGCGAGACGGCCCCUUUUCUUCCGGGAGACGAAUCCUCAGCCUAGAAAACACACCUUAUGGCAGGCAACUUCCGAUUUUACAGACGGUCAAGCUAGCAUACAUAGGCAGCAUUUUUUGCAGUGUCCUCGAGGAUUCUUAAACAAACAUUUUGAGAAGCUCAUUCAGUGUGACAUGCGUUUAAACUGUUUAAGCAGACAACCAGAGAUAGUUUUGGAUUCGCCAUAUUUUGAGUCUCAGACUUUGCCGAAUGAGGAUCCCAAUGAAAUGAGAGUGCAUGAUGACAGACAGGGAGAGACCGGUAAAGGAACUUCUACCUCUGGCUUCCAGAGUGUAGCAUCACCAUCUGCAGCUCGGUCUUUGUCUUCGGAUAUCGGGAAAGGGGAUUCCGCUUUUAUAACCUCGGAAACUAUGUACAGGGACGCUCGAUCCCCCAGUUCAGCGAUGGACUCUUGUGCCACUGAAGCAAGUGGAUCUUGUCAUGCAGUGGGUUCAAAGCAGCCAAAGAAUUUGGACAAGAUAAAAGUGCCUGGACUUCAUCCAUAUAUCUCCAUGAAUGAUCUUAUGAACCAUAUUGAACAGUAUCUUCCUGAAAAGGAUGGCACGACAGGCGCAAACUCACAGGAUAAAGGGGAAAAUCGUGACGACCUUGAUGUAAAAGAUUUCCAGCUAAACAAAAUAGCUAAGAGCGAGGUGAAGGAUUUUGAAGGAGAUACAGAAGAAGUUCCUAGUAGCAAGCAGGCACAGGGAAUGUCAAGAAAAGACUCGUUUGGGGAGUUGUUGCUUCAUCUUCCCCCAAUCGCAUCACUCCCAAAGUUCUUGUUUAACAUUUCAAAAGAUGAAGAGAGAAGGUAGAUAAGAUAGUUUUCUUGUUUAUCAACUGCAUAAAAUGAUAAAUAUCGAGCUUCGCAAUCUCCCUCGUGUUAGCUGGAAAUAUGAUGGAUGUCUAUGGUAUCAAAUUUAAGUGGAGGGGGUGCUUGGUCAAUGGGAUUUACCUGGGUUUGGAAAAAAAACUCUUUUGAUGAAGAAUUCUGGUAAAACCCAUGUUCUUAGGUGCUUUAGCAAAAUUGAAUGUUGUAAUAAGCUGAUCGUUGGCUCUAUUGUAAUAUGUACGUAAAUUGUAACUUUUCUGUGCAA